GUCGAAAAUUUAAAAAGUUUAACAAAAUUAAGGUUGUGAGAGCAUUAGAUGUCGCACUCCAGCAGCCAGCAACCCUUCAAGAUGAAGGCCAGUCUAUAACCCAAAGGCUGUCCUUUUCUCCAAAUCAAGAAGUACAGUUUGUUCCCCCAAUGAUAAGUGUUUUACGAGGCAUUGAGCCAGAAGUUGUCUAUGCUGGUUAUGACAAUACAAAACCUGAAACACCAAGUUCCUUGCUGACCAGUCUAAAUCAUCUUUGUGAGAGGCAGCUUCUUUGUGUAGUCAAAUGGUCUAAAUUACUACCAGGAUUUCGGAAUUUACAUAUUGAUGAUCAGAUAACCCUCAUCCAGUAUUCCUGGAUGAGUCUAAUGGUUUUUGCAAUGGGAUGGAGAUCAUACAAACACGUCAGUGGUCAGAUGUUGUAUUUUGCACCAGAUCUGAUUCUAAAUGAACAGAGGAUGAAAGAAUCAUCGUUCUAUUCCCUGUGUCUAUCCAUGUGGCAACUCCCGCAGGAAUUUGUCAGACUCCAAGUUAGCCAAGAAGAGUUCCUAUGUAUGAAAGCACUGUUACUUCUCAACACAAUUCCCUUGGAAGGUCUAAGAAGUCAAAGUCAGUUCGAUGAGAUGAGAACGAGUUACAUUAGAGAAUUGGUGAAGGCAAUUGGUUUGCGCCAGAAAGGUGUUGUGGCCAACUCACAACGUUUCUAUCAACUUACAAAAUUGAUGGAUUCCAUGCAUGAUCUAGUGAAGCAGCUCCAUCUCUUCUGUUUGAACACAUUUCUCCAGUCCCGUGCACUGAGUGUGGAAUUCCCCGAGAUGAUGUCAGAGGUGAUUGCUGCCCAGCUGCCCAAGAUUCUGGCAGGGAUGGUGAAACCACUUCUCUUUCACAAAAAGUGAAAUGUCUUUUCUCAUAUCAUAGAGAUGAUUUCUGGGUCAUUUUUUGUUUGUUUAUUUUGGUCAAGAUUUUGCAAUGCCAGGGUUUCAGUAUAUUUGUCAUACUUACCCUGCCUACUGCUUUACACUUGUAACAUACACAAGCCAUUUAAGCUUGAUGUACAUAUUGUGAGUUCCUGAUUCCUUAACUGCAAAAAUCACAACAGUCAUAAGAAAUGUUUUGUAAACUUGCCUAGGUUGCUUUUUAGAUAUGCAUAAGAAUGACAAUGAAUAGAGUUUUCAGAUUUCUAAGAACAGUUAUCUUAUACAUUUUUCUUACAUAUUACACACUCUGAAAUUUCUGAUAUGACAUGGUGUAAACUUUUUACUUUAGUACAUUUUGUGCAUGGGUACAUGUGGGCAUGUGCAUAAUACAAGAUUUUGGAGGAAUUAAAAUAAAUAUUGCCCACAUUUUCUCAUGGAUAUUUCACUUUUUAUUAACUAGUCUGCCUCACAGAAAUGUCCUUUCAAAGUCAACUGUCCAGGAUUAAGUAGACGUCACUGCAAUACCUUCAUGAAUAACUAAAGUGCUAGGCACAAAGUGUACAUUCAUAUUCUUGUCUGUGCUCAUACUGCAUUGAAACUCUGAGUUCAGUAUACUGUUUUCUGCACCACUCAGUGCAGCUCUCCUUCAGAAAUCAGAAAGCUUAGGAAAAUUUCAGUGUAUAUUAUACCAGAAGUAACAUGUAUGCAUAUCCACUAAGCUUUGGUUUGUGUUCUUUUCCUUAAAAGUUCAGCACUUCUUAAAGCUAAAGCACUGUGCUAUAAUCUUAAAUUCAUCAACUUUGAAAUUCUCUGUUUCAGAAGCUUUAAAUAGAGAUGUUUUCACUGACUACAACUCUUAAUAUAAAUCUUAAUGUUUUGAAUUCCAGUGCUGAAUACUCAGCCAGCCAUUAACAUCAAAUUACAGUGCGAUUAAAUGCAAAAAGAAAUGGAAAAUAUGACUACAAGCAUUUUGAUACACAUCAGGCUCAUUUCAGUACUAUUUAGUGGAGCUACAUAUUUUAUAUUUUAAAGGCAUGCCAUUAUAAUUGGAGUAACUAUAAAAGAGGAAUUGAACUACAUUAGCUUUAUACAUUAAAGAAGAAUGUCAUGUUUUACCAUGGAAAUGAAUAUUUGACUGAAAAAAUAGAAUGUGGUGGUGUUUGUUCCUUUGAUACGGAUGUGAAGCAGCUCAUACAUUUAAGGCAGUGAAUUGUUGAUAUAUUCAAACAACAGAGAAAUGGAUAAAGCCCAAGAAUCUGUGAGUCUAUUAAAAUAUGACAGAUUUUUCUAGUCACUAAAAAUGAUACUCAAAUUCUCUAUCAGUGUAGAAAAUGGUGAGUCUUACUUGGGUACUUGCUGGCCAUACGGUUUUGCUCUUCCCCAUUACAUGUUGGAUGCAUCCCUUGUGUGACAGCAUCCUGUUGAUGGUGUGGAGCUUGGUCUGUACAGACAUAUCCUUGUGAACAAAGGCCCAU